AACAUUGAGAUGAAGAAAGACAUUGGUGUCAAUGACACGAACACUAAACAGAAGGUAUUGUAGCAUGAGAUAAGGUGUGGAUUGAGCAUUAUCUUGUAGCCAUUUAGGCAGUCAAGUCAAAGGAGACCUUAAGCAUUUCUGUAUUUAUCACCAGAGUUUCUACUAAAGUACUGCAUGAUUUUUAAUGGAAGAAAAAAUACAGCAUAUUGUUGAAGAGGUAAUAUAAGUGAAAAGUGUGGAUCAAGGUUAGAACACUGAUAAAGGUGUUAUGAGCAGUUACAAGUUGAUAAGGAAGAUGAUAAGACACACAUCUUUCAUAGUUGAGCAACAGUCUCAGCCUUCAAGAUUACUGCCAGUGUCCUGCUGGAGAUAGGUGGUGUUUGAUGCUCCCUUGAUACUGAAAUAUGAGGAACUGCUAGAAGGACAAAUGUUUCUGUGAAAAAUCUAUAGUGUUAAUAAUGCAAGAAAUGAUGGAAAGAUGAUGAACUUCACUCAGAGGAAACCAAUAUUUCACCACUUCCUACCAAAACAGAUCAUCCUUACAGCUUUAUUAUGACGCCUCAUACUAGAAUUGGAGGCAAGGUGUAACUUCUAUGAAACAAAAGUAAAAUGGGACAGUGUACCAGUGGGGAGCUUCCUCCUCACACCAGUGAUGGAACUGACUUAAAUGCAACUCUGCAAGUGCCAGAGAAUGGCACAGAUGUCUCACCUCAAGAGUCUCCAAUCAAGAGAGCAACAGGCCAUAAAUUUUCACGGCGAAGCUCUUGGUCCAAUAAAUUUAAGAAAAAUAAAUCCAAAGAUUUAUCAGCGACAUUCAAUUUGUAUGAUUAUGACUACAAGAAAAAUUUGUUGAAUAUUAACACUGCUGCUGAAGAAGAAUUAAUGAUCCUGCCUGGAGUGACUCGUUCUGUAGCAAGAAACAUUGUAGAAUACCGAACAGCCAUUGGAGGGUUUCGUCGUGUGGAAGACCUGGCAUUGGUGUCUGGUGUGGGUGCAACUCGCCUCCAAUCAUUUAAGAGUGACAUCACUGUAAAGAGGAUGUCCUCAAGUCGCUCAUCAUCUCGAACACAGAGUAUAGACUCUCUACCAAGCUAUGGAUCUGGACGAUCACAGCGAUCACAGCAGUCACAAGGUGGACGUAGUGUCCAUGGAUCACCAAUCCGAGCCAUUAAUGUAAAUGCUGCAUCUAUCUUUGAUCUGAUGAAUAUACGUGGAAUGAAUCAAGAGUUGGCAGCUAACAUUGUAGAAUACAGGGAAAGAAAAGGUCCUUUCAAGAACAUUGAUGACUUAAUUAAAGUCAAAGGGAUAUCUGGACGUGUUCUAAGUAUCCUGAGAAUGUAUCUUACUGUCAGUAGUGUUUCUCCAGCCUCUCCCCAAGUCAGUGAUGUGAUCUCAGUUGCAAGCUGUAGCAAGAUGUCUUCACGGAGUCUUAAUGGCAGAAUGGCAGGUCACCGCAGAACAUACUCCGCACCUCUCAAUAAUAAUGGAGAAGACAUUGAGCAACCCUCUCUGGACUUAAAACGGAUGCCUUUGAGAAGUCCUAUUGACUUCAGCACAGACAUCUUUGAACUUCUCUCCUUAAGAUCUGAACGUCCAGUAGUGAAAGAAGUCUUUACUGGGAGCUAUCAGGGCCAGCCAGCUAUAAGAGUUGCUACUUGGAAUUUGCAGCGACUAACAAAAGAAAAGAUUUGCAACCUUGGAGUUUUAGAAGUUGUGUGUCGCACCAUUUUGGAAAAUGGCUUCAGCUUUAUUGCCAUACAAGAAGUUUGCAGCAAAGAUGUUCUUGAGAAGAUAUGUUGUGAACUGAAUCAUAGCAGCUUAAGGCGUGUUCGAGAGUGGACAGGAGCCAAAGGUGAAUGGAGGUGGCAAGUGUCAGAAGAACCUGUUGGUGACAUGUCAGAUGGAGCUGAGUAUGCAGCCUUCAUCUACAAUGUGCAACAUGGUCUCCAGUUAUUGUCUGCAUCCAUCCUUAGUAUUCAAGAAAAUAAUGGCAGCUCUUUCUCCACAAAGCCAUAUCUCGGCUACUUUAAGGUUAAUGACUUUGAAUUUGUUGUGAUAAAUCUUCAUAUAAAUGGAAGCAAACUAGCCCAAAGUACUGGUACAAGCAACUUAUCUGACUCUGGAGAGGAUGAGGAAGGGAGUCCAAGUCAUAUGGUAUCUCAGCUGGCCCCACUUGUAGCUGCUCUCAGAGACAAGCUUGUCACAGAAAGAAACAUCAUUCUGUUGGGAGACUUCAGUAUGAGUCCAGAAGACAUUGCUUUCAAUAUAUUAAGAGAAACCUCCUACACAAACAUUGUUCCAGCUGAUACUAUGACUGGCACUACUAAAGAAUCAGAUUAUUAUGACAACAUUUGGCUGAAUCCUUGCAUUGCUACUUUAUAUACAGGACACUGGGGAAUAGUUAAUGAAGGGCUGAGUCAUCUUGCCAUCCCAUCUGGCUGGGGCUGGGGAGGAGUAGUGAGUGAACACUGCCCACUCUACUGUGAUCUCUUCUGCCAUAGCACACACACAUCCCAUCAACGUGAAGCUAGAAUUUUAUGGUAUUAAAAUUACUUGUAGCAGAAUAGUAGAUGAAGUGAUAAAGUUUGGUUUGUCUUGCUGGUCCCAGAGAGGAGGUGUGAGUGAGCACUUACCACUGUACUGUGGUCUCUUCUGUCUCGCCAUCCACACAUUUCAUCAGGGUAAAGCUGGAGAAGUCACCAUGGUAAAUUACCAACUACUCUGAGUGAUGUAUAGUAUAAAAUGCUGUUGAUAUAUCCAACUUUAAUGAUUCCUCUCAUCUACUUAUGAUACCCAUUAUUUGCUUUAUAUUAACUUGCUUUUGACUCUUUUUAAUGAUCUAGAUAUUCAGAACUAUGAAAUUUCUGCUACUUGUAAGAAACCUCUGAAGUUUAGUUUGAAAUUUUGUUGAGAAACAUGUAUACAUGCUGUGUGCAAAACUUCCUAAAAACUGAGACAAUACAUACAUGACAAUUCAGAUUUCAGUACACUAGCAGAUGUGUUUAAGAUAGCAGGAGUUGUGAGUUGCUGGUCCAGAUUCCUUUAAGCUUUAAUGUUUUGGCCUUAUAUUAAACUGAUGAUGUAUCUGGUUCCUUGUUGCAUCCAUGUGGAUUUGUUGCAUUUUGCAUUUUCAUAGGAUAUUACCCAACAUGUUUGGGAAAUGUAUAAAAUGUAUAAAAGAGUUAUAUACUGUUAUUAUUGUU